AUGUGGAUUCGGGAGCAUCUUUACUUCAAUGGUUUCAGUAAAAAUUAUUUGAAUUGGAUUUGGCAUGGCGAGGCUGCGGAGAAGGAUAGAUUAAAUUCGAGUGUCAACCAAGAGCCAACUGAUAAUUGUCAUGAUGAUUUUGAAACUAUUAAUUUGUGUGAGGCAGCGUAUGAUAACCAUACAGAAAAUCCAGAAGCAUUUAUGAAGUUUUUGGAGGAAGCAGAGAAGCCAUUGUAUAAGGGAUGCAAACGUUACACAAAGUUGAGUGCACUUGUAAAACUAUACAAUACUAAAGCAAGGCAUGGGAUGAGUGAUGCUCUAUUUUCAGAUCUACUAGCAGAUUUUGGGGACAUGCUACCAGAUAACCACAAUCUGCCAUCGUCAAUUUAUGAAGCAAAGAAGACAUUGAGUUGUUUGGCUUUGAGUCAUGAAAAGAUUCAUGCUUGUUCCAAUGAUUGCAUCCUUUAUAGGAAACAAUAUAAAGACUGCGUAAGCUGCCCGAAAUGUGGCUUAUCAAGAUGGAAGCUAACCAAGAAAAAUGUUGAGAAGAAAGAUAGCACAAGAGUUGUUGGUCAGUUACGCCAUCCAGUUGAUUCACCGUCAUGGAAAUUGGUGGAUCAUAUGUGGCCCGACUUUGGAAGUGAGGCAAGAAAUAUUCGCCUGGCACUUGCAGCCGAUGGAAUUAAUCCUCACAACAAUCUUAGGCUGAAACAGCCUGGAAACGAUAUCGACGUCUACCUUGAGGUUCUGGUUGAUGAUUUGCAACUGUUGUGGGAAGGAGUUGAUGGAGUUUAUGAUGCUUAUCGAAGGGAGGUUUUCACUCUUAAAGCAGUUCUUUUAUGGACCAUCAACGACUUUCCUGCAUAUGGUAACCUUAGUGGAUGUACUACACAUGGUUAUUACGCAUGCCCAAUAUGUGGUGAGGAUACUUAUGCAAAGCACUUACAAAAUGGGAAGAAAAUGUCAUUUGCUGGGCAUAGACGAUUCCUACCACGAUUUCAUCCAUAUCGGAGGCAAAUAAAGGAGUUUAAUGGCAUGGAGGAACUUGGUGAAGCAGGUAGGCCAUUAUCUGGAAUUAAGUUGUUUGACAAGCUUUCAGACAUAACAUGUGAGUUUGGAAAGAAAACAAGUGGAAAAACCAAGGACAAUGUGGCAGCUAGGUUGGACAUGGUUCAGAUGGGAAUUAGGCCUCAAUUGGCUCCUAAAAUUGGUGAGAAAAGAACAUAUCUACCUCCUGCAGCAUGCUCAUUCACAAAAAAUGAGAGAUUACAAGUAUGUAGGUCAUUAAUGGAUAUAAAAGUUCCGGAAGGUUUCUCAUCAAACAUGAAGAAUCUUGUCUGCAUGGAUGAGAUGAAGCUGAGUAGCUUGAAAUCACAUGAUUCUCAUGUUAUAAUGCAGCACUUCCUGCCAAUAGUCAUACGUAAUUCUCUGCCAAAAUAUGUUAGAUAUGUUGUCAUAAGAUUAUGCUUCUUCUUCAAAGAUAUUUGUUGCAAGAUUAUCGAUGUAGCCAAGUUAGAUAAGCUGCAAUCUGACUUGAUUGUUACACUCUGCUUAUUGGAGCAGUAUUUCCCCCCUUCUUUCUUCGAUAUCAUGCUCCACUUAACAGUUCAUCUUGUUCGUGAAGUCCAAUUAUGUGGACCAGUCUACUUCAGAUGGAUGUACCCAUUUGAAAGAUGCAUGAAGGUGUUGAAAAGUUACGUAGGCAUUCGAAAAUAUCCGGAAGGUUGCAUUGUUCGGAGAUAUGCAGCAGAAGAAGCAGUUGAAUUUUGUUCAGAAUAUCUCAAUGACCUUGAUCCUGUUAGGGUCCCUAAAUCACUACAUGACCCAAACGCAAGCAUUCCUGGAUUCUCAGCAAGCAAUUCAUCAAUCAUCGUCCAACAAAUUGAUCUCCAACAAGCACACUUGACUAUUCUAGAAAAUACAGAAGAAAUAUCUCCAUACAUUAUACAAUGUUUCCCAAGAAAUAGAAAGAUGCAAGGUGGAUACAAGAUGCUCAUAAUAAGAGGUUCAUUGACUGGUUUCGUGCAAAGGAAUGCAUGUCAGGUGGCUGCUGAAAUCGAUAGUUGCAAUGGUGGAAUGACAUCGUCAUUGAGAUGGCUGGCCCAUGGACCACGUGUGCGAGUCUUAAAGUGUGAUAGCUAUGUCAUAAAUGGCAAUUUAUACCAAACAAAAGAGCGGGAUGAUGAGAAAGUUUGUCAAAACAGUGGUGUUUCUCUACUUGCCAACACGAUGCUUGUUUGUAGUGCCAAAGAUAAGAAUCCCGUGUUAGAGAAUGUGACUUUUUAUGGAGUUAUUGAAGAGAUAUGGGAACUAGACUAUCAUCAAUUUCAAGUUCCUCUUUUCAAGUACGCAUGGGUAUCAAAUGAGAAAGGAAUACAAUACAAUGAUGAAUGUGACUUCACCUUAGUUAAUCUGAACAAACGAGGCCACCAGAAGGAUGAAUUUGUGCUUGCAAGUCAAGUUAGACAAGUAUUUUAUGUUGCUAACCCACUGAACAAAGGGUGGUCAAUAGUGCUUCCAGUUCCAAAUAGAUGUUACGAGGGAGAAGAGGAUCUUUGGACCAGAAUUCCCGAAGCUCGACCAAUUGAUAAUGUUGAUAUUCAUUGGAAAAGAAAAAUGCGUCCUAAAAAACAGCGAAAAAUAGGAAAAUAUGAUGAGCCACGUGUAGUUGAGGACACCGAACUACACCAAGAUGCUGAUGGGUUAGCCACUGCAGAGCUACGAGGAGACACUGAAAUAGAAGAACCUUCUAUUACUGGGCAGAAGAAGACUCGAGGGCCUACAUCAAUGUGCAGACUUAUUGCUGCUGCAAGAUGGGGAAAAAAGUCGACGAUUGAAUAUGAUGACAUGGGACGACCUAUGUACAAUGAAAAUGGAAAGGCACUACAAUCUUUCAUAGGCUCUAUUGUUAGAUCCAUGGUGCCAAUUAACAUAAAGUCAUGA